AUGCAGAUGGAUGGGCCCCAGGGGGGGGGAGAGGGGGCUCGACGCGAGGAGGCCCGGGAGAGCCAUGCGAGCCGAACUUGGAAGAGAAAGAGCGAACUAGGCCAGACCAUAGCCAGUGUCAAGGAGGAAGUGCUCACGUUUGGACAGCGAGUCGAUGGAAUCGAAGCGGGGGUCACCAAGCAAAUGGAGACGACGAACAAGCUCCUGCAGAUCGUCACAACGAGCCACGACAAGCACACCGAAGCUGUCGCUCAGCUCAAGACGGAGCAGGAGAGACAAGCCACCUACCUCAGAGAAUUCCAGGGGGGGCACACCGAGCUGGAGAACCGCCUUGCCUUGCUCGAGAACAAGAUCAAGGGGACGUCGCUGAACGGGGGGAGCACGGCAGACACCGAAGCUCCGAAGAAGCAGGCCCUCAUCAUGGGGGGGUGGCCGGAGGAUCAGUCAUCCACAGAGACACUGCAAAAAGCGAGAGACAUCCUCCGCCAGCUAGAAGUACCACUAGAUUACAGCGAGAUGUUUGUCCCUGGUCUCAAACGGGGAUAUGCGAUCAUUCCGAUCCCACAGAAAUGGGGGGAGACGGAAGACCAAAGGCGAGAAGCAGUUCAACAGACCCUACAGAAAGUGCGCAACACCAAUAUGAUGCUGGGGGUGAACCUCGCAGGGGGACACCGCAAACUAUGGAUGUCGCUGUCACAGUCUCCAGAGCGGCGCAAAAAGUCCCGCCUUGCGGGCAAAGUCAAAAGAGUCAUGCUGGAGAUGGGGGCGCAAAUGGCGAAGCUCGAGGUGGAGUUCUCCACUGGUUCUGUUUGGUACAACACCGAACGCCUGAGCAGUGCAACGCUGGAAGCCCCAAAGCAUGCCGAGCGAGCCGGCGUUGGCUGGGUUCGCCUGGACGCCAUGGCCCAAGCUCUGGGGAAACCCUUGGGGGAGGUGCAGACGGCAUGGCAGCCUCGGAAGGAGGAGCUGCGCUGA